GGAGGGGAAGCGCGUAGAGCGGAGGGGGCGGUGCGCUCUGAUACAACAGCUCCAUAAUAACCGCUAGAAUAUCACCGACUUGCGCUAAGAUCAGAGACGCAUCCACGACGCACAUGCGACGCGCGAGCAAACGGAGUGUUUACCGCGCCUGACGGACUGAGGCUCGUGCGUAAAACCCUGUAGAGAGAGUGUGUGAGUGUGUGCAUUGACUGUGUGUAAGCGUGUGAGUGUGUUGAGUGUGUAAGUGUGUGUUCAGGGGGGUUAAUGGCUGGAUGCACUCUCUCACCCUAUAAAGACAGUGCGCGUCUCGCGGGUCGCGGCUAAUGUCUCUUUGAUCCGGUGUGAAAUUCUAUCGUGGCGUUUUUGAUGCGGGAGCGCGCGGCCGGCGCAGAUCGGUCCCAGAUCGGUGGAGGUUUGGGUUUUAUUGUUUGCGUGAUUUUGAUGCCCGCGUAGCGCCGGACUCCGGCUGAAGAAGAUGUGGGUGAACCCGGAGGAGGUGCUGCUGGCCGGCGCGCUGUGGAUGACCGAGCGGGCCAACCCGUACUUCAUCCUGCAGAAGCGGAAAGGACACGGGGACGGCGGCGGAGGGCUGGCCGGUUUGCUGGUAGGAACUCUGGACGUGGUGCUGGACUCCAGUGCCCGUGUGGCCCCAUAUAGGAUCCUUUACCAGACUCCAGACUCGCUGAUCUACUGGACCAUCGCUCAUGGGAGUUCUCGCAGAGAGAUCACCGAACACUGGGAGUGGCUGGAGCACAACCUGCUGCAGACUCUGUCCAUCUUCGAAAACGAGAACGACAUUACCACUUUCGUCAAGGGCAAGAUUCAGGGAAUUAUUGCAGAGUACAACAAAAACCAUGACAUUAAAGAAGACGACGAUACAGAAAAGUUCAAGGAGGCCAUCACUAAGUUCAGGAAGCUGUUCGGGAUGCCGGAGGAGGAGAAGCUGGUGAACUAUUACUCCUGCAGUUACUGGAAGGGGAAGGUGCCCAGGCAGGGCUGGCUCUACCUAAGCAUCAACCACCUCUGCUUCUACUCCUACCUGCUGGGCAAGGAGGUCAAGCUGGUGGUCCGCUGGGCAGACAUCACACAGCUGGAGAAGAAUGCCACUCUGCUGCUACCCGAUAUGGUGCGGGUUAGCACGCGGUGCAGCGAGCACGUCUUCUCCGUCUUCCUCAAUGUUAACGAGACCUUCAAGCUCAUGGAGCAGCUGGCCAACAUCGCCAUGAGACAGCUACUGGACAACAAGGGCUUCGAGCAGGACCGCUCGCUGCCCAAACUCAAGAAGAAGUCGCCCAAGAAAGUGUCGGCCCUCAAGAGAGAUCUGGACGCCAGGGCUAAAAGCGAGCGUUACCGGGCGCUCUUCCGCCUUCCCAAAGACGAGAAGCUGGACGGCCACACGGACUGCACGCUGUGGACUCCCUUUAAUAAGAUGCACAUCCUCGGCCAAAUGUUCGUCUCCACCAACUACAUCUGCUUCACCAGUAAAGAGGAAACCAUCUGCAGCCUCAUCAUCCCCCUCAGAGAGGUGACCAUCGUAGAGAAAGCAGACAGCUCCAACGUCCUGCCUAGCCCCCUGUCCAUCAGCACCAAGAACAGAAUGACCUUCCUGUUUGCCAACCUGAAGGAUCGAGACUUCCUGGUGCAGAGAAUCUCCGACUUCCUGCAGCAGACCUCCUCCAAGAUCUACUUCGAGAGGGAGAUCACAGGCAGCCUCAACAGCUCUGAUGAUGAGGUGUACUCCCAGCAGGGCAGUCUGCUCUCCUGCAGUCCUCAGCGCAGCAGUCUGGGCUCGGAGGGCGAGAGCGAGCGCCAGUUCAACCUCAACGACAACAGCGUUCCCACGGCAACACAAGCCCUCAUGACCAUGUACCGCCAGCGCUCACCCGAGGAGUUCAACCCCAAACUGGCUAAGGAGUUUCUGAAGGAGCAGGCCUGGAAGAAUCACUUCACUGAGUACGGGCAGGGAGUGUGUAUGUAUCGCACAGAUAAGACCAAAGAGCUGGUGCUCAAAGGCAUCCCUGAGAACAUGAGAGGAGAGCUGUGGCUGCUGUUCUCUGGGGCGAUUAAUGAGAUGGCCACUCACCCGGGUUAUUAUGAGGAUUUGGUGGAGAAGUCCAUGGGGAAGUAUAAUUUGGCUACAGAGGAGAUAGAGCGGGAUCUUCACCGCUCGCUCCCGGAGCAUCCGGCCUUUCAGAACGAGAUGGGCAUCGCUGCCCUCAGGAGAGUUCUGACCGCCUACGCCUUCCGCAACCCCAACAUCGGAUACUGCCAGGCGAUGAACAUCGUGACGUCAGUUUUGCUGCUCUAUGCUAAAGAGGAGGAGGCGUUCUGGCUGCUGGUGGCUCUGUGUGAAAGGAUGCUGCCGGACUACUACAACACCAGAGUCGUCGGAGCAUUAGUAGAUCAGGGCGUGUUUGAGGAGCUGGCCCGUGUCUACGUUCCUCAGCUGUACGACUGCAUGCAGGAGCUGGGCGUGAUCUCCACCAUCUCUCUGUCCUGGUUCCUCACGCUCUUCCUGUCAGUCAUGCCCUUUGAAAGCGCCGUGGUGGUGGUGGACUGCUUCUUCUACGAGGGCAUCAAACUCAUCUUCCAGCUGGCACUGUCCGUCCUGGACGCCAAUAUUCAUCAGCUGCUCAACUGCAAGGAUGAUGGAGAGGCCAUGACUGUGCUGGGCAGGUAUUUGGACAGUGUGACCAAUAAGGACAGCACCCUUCCACCAAUCCCACACCUCCACUCCCUCCUCACAGACGAUGGAGAGCCUCACCCUGAGGUGGACAUCUUCAAACUGGUCCGCAGCUCCUAUGAGAAAUUUGGCUUCAUUCGAGCAGAUGUGAUUGAACAAAUGCGCUUUAAGCAGAGGCUGAGGGUCAUCCAGACGAUCGAGGACACCACCAAGCGCAACGUGGUUCGGACCAUCAUAACAGAGACAUCCUUCACCAUAGAUGAACUGGAGGAGCUUUACUCACUUUUCAAGGCAGAGCACUUGACCAGCUGUUACUGGGGUGGCACCAGUAACCCUAUGGAUCGACACGACCCCAGCCUGCCGUAUCUGGAGCAGUACCGCAUGGACCUGGAGCAGUUUAAGAGCCUGUUCACUGUUCUGUUCUCCUGGGCCAGCGGGACACACACCGACAGCCUGGCCAUGCGCUUCUUCCGCCUGCUGGACCAGAACACUGACGCUCUCAUCAACUUCAGAGAGUUCAUCACCGGCCUGGGAGUUCUGUGCCAUGGUGACCUCACUGAGAAGCUCAAACUCCUCUACAAGAUGCACAUACUGCCAGAGCUGCAUCACGAACAGGAUGAGCCGGAUUCCGCUUUCGAGGCCACGCAGUACUUCUUUGAGGACAUUACCCCAGAGACGUCCCACGGUCUGGACCACAAGAGCAAAAAUGAUAAAGAUGAUGGAUUUGUGAGAGUCACAUUCAAGAAUGAGAAAGUGAAGAAAAUGCACACGCCAGACUACCGCACCUACUUACGACUGUGGAACCAGGAGACCAAAUCCAAACCGGAGAACAUGAAGAACCUCCCAAAACUCAACCAGGGUCAGUUCAUCGAGCUCUGCAAGACCCUCUACAACAUGUUCAGCGAGGACCCCAACGAGCAGGAGCUGUACCAUGCCACAGCCACCGUCACCAGCCUGCUGCUGGAGAUGGGUGAGGUGGGGAAGCUCUUCUGCAGUCCCUCCAGCAAAGAGGAGGAGGAUGAUGACGAGGAUGACGAGGAGGAAGAAGAGCGCCCCCCAGUGAACAGGAGGAAACAGCAGAGAAUCCGCGGAGACUCUUUCCAAUCAUCUACCGAGGAGACCCGGGGCAAGCUCUCCAGCACAGGGUCUGGUGGUGCAGCUGAGGGCGAGCUAAACUCCACCUGCAUCACAGGGCCCAUGGAGGACAUUAAGCUGGAAGACUCUUCGCCCAAAGACAAUGGCACAUCUUCAGCCAUGCUCAUCUCCGACGACGAGACGAAAGACGACACGUCCAUGUCCUCGUACUCCGUCCUGAGUGCCGGCUCUCACGAGAUGGACGACAAGCUGCAGUGCGAAGACAUAGCUGAGGAUACAGUGCUGGUGCGCAACAGUGAGCCCCACGGGGGAGCUGGGCCUCGUGGUGGAAGUGGGCCUCACGGUGCAGGUGGGCUUCCACACAGUGCUAGCAUUGAUAAAGACUGGGCUAUCACUUUCGAGCAGUUUUUGGCCUCCGUUCUCACUGAACAGGCCCUGGUCCAGUACUUUGAGAAGCCUGUGGACAUCGCAGCUCGUAUUACCAAUGGAAAAAAUGUGCGGAAAGUUGGUCAGGCACACCUGUCCGUCAGUGACUACGAAAUUUCGAUUUCAGGCUAACGAGCAGGUCUGCCAAUGCAAUUCUAUUGUCUCCAAUGUACAUUUUAAACUGUACAGCAAACUGAUGACAUUAAAAACGAAUAAACAGGGCAGAUUCUACAUAUUUACACACUCCUCAUCUCCACGCUCAUCUCAACUACCUUUAUCCCUAACCUGGCUUUAGACCAGAACUUUAAAGUCCGUAUAUUUCUGUAAGACACUGGAUAUUUUGGAAAGAAAUGAAAUGAAAAGAAAAGAAAAGAAGAAACGGCUGUAGCCUCGUGUAUUUUCUCUAAUGUGAAUUCACCCUGAAGAAUCUGAAGAGUCAGAAGAAGGACUGUGAAUGGAUCUGAUCUUUUUACCCACAGGAAGGCUGAAUGGACCUUCACACACAUUAUUAUUAUUGUUAUUAUUAUUAAUAUAAUGAUCAAUAUGCUACAGUGCGCUUGGUGUACUUUAUAUGGAGUAAUGUUGAUUACUAACAGUAUGUUAAACAGGUAGACUGUGUAUAGUACGUAGUGUUAAUAGUGUCUACACUUAUACUGCCUAGUCAGGGAGGGACCGGUCCUUGUCUUUGAAACUUGAAAGGACGUAGUUCGGGACACUGGAUUUAGAGUUUAGGGAAUACUUUGCCCAAAAGUGCUUAAAACUCUUAAAAGUGAAGGUUCUUUAAAUGUUUUUUUUGAGUGAUACCAUAGAAGAACUGCCUUGACUGAAGUCACCAAUCCCUUUGCCCUUAUUUUCUCUAACAGUUAUGUAUAACAGUGGGGGAAAUGAAAAUGGGUUUAUAAGAGAUAUUGUUUUUUUAAAGGUCUGGAGAUCCUUCAGUUGAUGUAAAGGAUCUUUACUUUUUUUUUUCUUUUUUUUUCUUUUUUGGCUUAGUCGUCUCUAUUAAAGACAUGUUUUUUUUAUGGAAUCAAAGGUGGGUUUAUAAGGUUCUUUGAUGGCAUCACUCAAAAAAAACAUUGUUAACAGUAGAGGUGUGUGUGAAGAACCUUUCAAAUAACUAGAAAACCUUUACUCAAUGCAAUAUAUCUGUAAUACAUCUAAUUUGUGGAUUUUAGAUCCUUCAUCUUCACACAUCUCUAUUACACACUUGGUUUUAUAUGCUUUUUUUUGGGUGAUGCCAUAGAAAGACCAAUCACCUUGGGUUCAGUAAAGGAUGAUGUCUCUAAAGUGUGAAUGUGAGAAACCUUUUAAAGCUCUAAAGAACCUUUAGCUGACGUUAAGCAUCACUCACACAUCUCAUGUUACAAACUUGAGUCUUUAAAGGACCAAAGGUGCUACAAAUCGUUUUGCAUGGUUCCAUAAUUGAACCACUUUUGGGUCUAUAAUGAACUGUACUUUUAUGGUCCAAAAAACAUUACUUGCUGUGAAAGUUCUUCAUCAAUAUAAAGAUCCUGUACUCUUACACACCAAUGUUUUCCCAUUUUAAACACAAUUCCUUUCUUAAACCAAAGGUAAUGUAACUUUAAAUGGUUCUUUAAAGGAUAUACCAUAGAAUAGCUGGUUUUGUUUCCUUUAAGGAUCAUGUUUGAAGGGUUCGUCAUAUUCAAGCAUCUAUUAUACAAAGGUCCAAAGAAUAUUUAAUUGAUGUAAAGCUUUUUUUAGCCAUUUUAUGUUUGUUUUUUUACACUCAGAAAUCUCAAACAUUACAAACAAAUUAUUUGUGGAACCAAAAGGUGGUUCUUUAAUGGAGCUAAAGGUGCUUCAGAGAGAGAUCUUUGGGUUAUGCCAUUAUAGAACCACCUGUUGUUUCCACAAAGAACCAUGUUUGUAAAGGACCAUUUAAAGGCCUAGAAAAAACAAUUUCUUUACCAAAUUAAAGGUUCUUUUUUUAUAAACAUGGCUUUUUAUCUAAAGUUGGUUCUUCUUUAAUGAACUCACUCAAAGAACCCCAACCUUAAAUCACCUUCAUUUUUAAGAGUGUACAGCUGUGAGUAAUAAAUCUGAGCUGCUCGGGUUUGGUUAACAUUAUGCAAAUCCAGUUACUGUUAGCCACGUUAGCAUUUCUGAGGUAAACGAUUCCCUCAGCAUCAUAAUCUCACAGAUCUUGAAUGUAGGAAACGUGAGUCGGGUAAAAACCUGCUUUUAAGGGAUGUUUUUGAGAGUUUUUAAGAGCAUGAGUGGACCGAGUGGAAGAGGAGGAGGACUGAAAUGACCAAAUUCCCUGAAUUUAGAGAGUUAGCAUGGCUGUCCUGAUUCAAACUGAUCCCACACUUACCUGUUGUGGGAAAUCACUACGAUAGACGCUCAUGUACAGAUAUCCACUCUUCUUAUUUGACAAAUAGUGCACUAGAUACACCUGAAGGCUUUUACUGUAUAGUGUAAUGUGUGUCAAAUAGGAAGCCAUCUUGGAUUCGGCAUCUUUAGCUCUAUCUCUCUCUCUUGCUCUCUCUAUUCCUCUCUCUCUUUCUCUCUCUCUCUCUCUCUCUCUCUCUCUCUCUUUCUUUUUCUCACUGUCACUGGCACCUGCACUUUGAGUUAUUUUCUUGACAUAAAAAGGAAAUGUGUACUUUACUUUACAACAGGGGGGAUGUAGCCCACUGCAGUGAGUGGUAAGCGAUCAGGUGAUAUGUUGGGUAUAUAUUGGGCUGUUGGACUGUAUGAGGAAACGGCUGCGAUACUCAACACACUCCUCUCUGUGAAGAGAACAAAAGUUUACAGAUUUAUUUCUUUCUCAGUUCAUUUUCUCACCCAUUACGGGCAUGUGGCAUGGCUGUCCACUUUUUAUGUACGUUUUGUUUGCUUUUUUAUUUGAACUCGGUUUGGAUUUACUGUUUUUUUUAUGCUGCUGUUUUAUUAGUUACUCUGUGGAUGGUUUUAAGUGUACUGUAAAUGAUUCACUCUGAAAUAAUUAAAAGAACAGAAGGAAUUAUCCAAUGCUACAUAU